CGUGGCUACACACGGAAGUUAUCUUGUGCACCUGUUACACUACCAAACAGGAAAAGGAACGAAUUACUACAUAUUUUCUUGAACAAAGUUGCUUCGAGGCACUUUUUUUUUAACUUAACACAUCUUUUUUGAAUCGUUUUUAAACCAGUCAAUCUCAACCUUAAUGGAUAAAUUAAAGAAAGUUUUGAGUGGCCAAGAUGGCAAUGACGACCUCAACGUACUGCAGGCAGCGAAUGAAGCGUCAACACUGGGAUGGGGCACGCGCGUCAAGGGAUUCGUCGCGUGCUUUGUAUCGGGCGUCUUGUGUUCAGUUUUGGGGACCUGCUUGCUCUGGGUUCCGAAAAGCGGACUGACACUCUUUGCAGUCUUUUACAGUUUAGGUAAUAUUGCUUCUCUUUUGAGCACUAUGUUCUUAAUGGGUCCAUUAAAGCAACUCAAGAGGAUGUGUGACAAGUCGAGAGCUCUGGCAACUGGCAUUAUGAUUACAUGCCUGGUGCUAACCUUUUGUGCUGCCUUUUGGUGGAAGAAUAAAGGCCUUGCUCUGCUGUUCUGUAUCCUCCAGUUUUUGGCUUUUACAUGGUAUAGCAUAUCCUACAUUCCAUUUGCAAGGGAUGCAAUUAUUAAGUUGUUCUCCGCGUGCUUCAAGUGAGAUGCCUCUACAUUUGGCUGUGUGCUGCUCUGGCUUCAGCACUGGUUCUGCGUUCAAUGCCACUCGUGUACCCACUCUGCAACCUGGCACAGACACCACACCACACUACAGGCGCUCCGCUUGCUCUCCGUAACGGAUGGACACUCAAUCUGUGUGAACAAGCACACACAGACAAGUACUCGAUCUCUCUCUCUCUCACACACACACACUCACUCACACAAACACAAACACCUGUGUUUUACAUUCAAGUGGGAAACUAUGAAGGAUGAAAUAUGUAAUUGGGUAAAUGGUUUGGUUUCGGACUCUGCCCUGUAACUGUAGUGACAUGCUUGGUGAACAAGAUGGAAUUGCAUAUUUUACAUUGAGUAAUUGCUUAAUAAUUCCUUCCUAUGUGCCUUUAUCCAAUGGUUACUUGAGAACUAGAUUGGGUAGAACUAGAUUGGGUCUGUAUUAACCGGUGUUGCUGUUUUUGUUUAGUAUUUAGGUUUCUUUCCUUUUUCUUUUAAAGAGAAAUUUGUUUUUGCUACCAAGGGUUUUCUAAAAUUACAUUUCAAUUUUUGCUUCAGAUAUUACAGUAUCUGUUAUAGAUAAGUAAUAGGAUGACAGACAUUUCUGUGUAAUGGUAUUACUUGUGUAAUGGUAUAUUGGUAUAUUAUCUAUUAGAUAAGUAACGUAGUAAGCACUCAUUUGGGUGCCAAUGUAGCUUUAAGGUUUAUUCAUCAUCAACCAAUCAUACUGCUUUCAGUAAGCUUUGCAUUUACACUGUAAAAAAUAUUGUUGGUUUAAUUUUAAAAAAAUAAGUAACCUGGUUGCUUUUAAAAUUUUAAGUUCAUUGAAAUGGAAAAAUUAAGUUAAUACAAUGAAGGAGAUUGACACUCAAAAUAUUAUGUUAUCUGAACUACAUAAAUUAUUUAAGAUGAUUUGACAUUGUGAUUACAAAUCAUCUUUUUCCUAUGAAUGUGUCCUCGUUUUUUCAAAUCAUGUCAAGCUCAUUCCUUUAAAUGUUUUGGUUUCCAGAAUGACAACUUUAGUUGUUCCUCCUUGUCUUUUUAAUAGUUUUAAAUUUGAUUUACUGAAGACGUUACUUUUUUAUAGGUAUAGAAGUAUUAUCCUUAUACAUUAUGAAAAUAAUGCAUUCCAGAAUUAUUUCAUCAUGACUGAAAAUGUGGAUUUCCCUCCUCAUGUUUGUUUCAUAAUGAGUACAAUACUGCUAUGAAAUAUUGGUGUUUUUUAUGCGAGAUGUUUAAUAAUUGUUAUAUAUUAACAAUCGUUGCUAUUAAAAGUUGUUCAGAUUUAUUUAGUCUACA